AAAUAUAAUGAUAUUCUGUCUGCUUAUGGCAGCUACAUGCUGCCCUGUGUUUAGUGCAGAGUGGAAGGCCUCUGUUGUAAAACAGCUUAAGGCCCUGGUUUCUUUCUGUGUUGUGGUUCCCUGUUCGUUCACCCAUAGUGGAGGAGAGCUGCCUGCUUCCAAACUCAGAGCUAUUUGGCAUCUUUUGGACGCAAAGAAGGAAAAUAUAUACCAUGAAGAUCCUACAAAGAUCUCGGACAGUUUUAGGGACAGAACCAAGAUCUUAGGACAGCUGGGUCAGGGCAACUGCACCCUAGAAAUAAUUGAAAUUAAAGAUCAUGAAAACAGCCCUUUUUGUUUCCGGAUUGAACUAGUGCCGACACCUGAUGACCCACCCACUAAAAAAAAAAUCCUCCAAAACCAUCACGCUCUAUGCACAGAAAACUAUAAUCUAAUAAUCAUUCCUGUAACAGUGGCAGUUGGUACUGCUAUGAUCUUUGGAUUUUUCUGUAUUUUCAUGGUGAAAAAAUACAAGAGGCGUGUUGCACAGCUACAGAGUCGAGAGGGCAGCAUGUGGAAUCGGAUGUCCAGAUUGUCCCGCAGGUGA